AUGGAUAUAACAGACUCAACAUACACAGAGCGACCUGCUAAGCGGGUACGGCAGGCACGGAAAAAGGCAAAGUGCCCCGGAGAACAGCCAGUCUGUUCUUUGUGCGCAAGACUGCGACAACAAUGCGUCUACGCGGACGAGAGACGUCGUCCACAGCUCUCAGAGGAGCCAGCUAGGCUCAGUGUCUCAGAAGCACCAGUAUCACAUUCACUGGAAGACAGACUACACAGCCUAGAAGACAAGCUGGGAGCUGUACUUGAUCACCUAGGUGCCAGCUCAAGGGAUGAGCCCUCGGUUGGAAAUGAGUCCUCGGCAUAUCUUGGACCCAACUCAUCCAUCAUUCUUCCAUCAUGGGAUGACAUCACACCUAUAGCAGAGCUUUAUCUGGUGUUCUGCGAGUCCCAGCCUCUGCCCCUCUUUCAUAGGGGCAGUUUUCUUGCCAGUCUCCAGACACGGGAUGUGGAGAUUAUCUAUGCCAUGUUGGCCUUGAGCCUUCGGUUCUCGGACGCAUAUCACCACAGGGCUAGCGACCUGACAGAACUGGUAAAUAGCUAUGCUGAAAUUGCGCGUGGCCUUGUGAUGAAACGGGUCUCGGAGGGUCCGGUGGAACUGUCCACACUACAAUGUCUGUGCCUUUUGAGUCUGGUUGAUUUUACAAAUGGAAAUACACAUCGUUCCAGCAUCCACAGCAGCCUUGCAAUGAACCUUGCACGGUGUUCCAAUCUUGCUCUCGAGCCCCGCACACCAACAAGCAACAUCCUCCGCGAAGAGCGCAGGCGAUGCUUUUGGAGCAUCUGUUUACUCAAGCGGCUCCACGGCGGGGAUUUCUCCAUCCUCGACAAUCCCGACAUGGGAGGUCCUCCUUUCCCCCAUAGUCCAACCCGGCCAGCACGCGUCAUGUCUCCAGGCCCGUCAACAGUGGAAGUGCGAAGGAGCGAUAUUCAAGACCAAGGCAUAAUGGCCUAUGUGAUCAUGCUAAGCGAAGUAUUCGCUCGUACUGCACGAUAUGUCCGCCUUCACGGAAGACCAAGCAAUGUACCUCCGUGGUCUCCUCAUUCCGAGUACUCGAAGAUUAUUGCGUUGCAGAUGGACCUUGAGACUCGUAUGCCUCUGACCCAUCGAUUCAAACCGGCCAAUCUUAGCAAUAGAUCAACCGAGGAGCUUCAGACCCAUCGAGAGUAUUGGGGACCGUGGUUCUUGAAUCAGUUCAUGUACCACACCAUUUUGUGUCUCCUGAAUCAUCCCCUGCUUUUGUCGUUGAGUCUACGGACAUUUCGCAGUACUAUCCCUGAAAUCUUUCUCCAGCAUACAUCCGAUCUGAUCUCAUCGCACACGACAUGGAUCAUUCAUUUUAUUAACUACUUCGAGGAGAAGUCGUUUUUGGUGUCUGAUCCGCUACUGGGGUAUAGCGCUGCUGUUGUGGCGACGAUCGAGCUUCAGCUGAGUUUUACGGACAAUCCCACUAUCCGAGAGCAGAAGCGUGAGACUUUCACCAAGUGUGUCCAAUUUGUGCAGCAGAUAGGAAAGAUGUGGCCUCAUAUGGCUCGCCUGGCACAAAGGUUGCAACACCUGGAAGACGCCGUUUCGGCGACAUACCAGUCCGAUCCAGAGGCACACAACCAAAGUCUCCUGAUCGAUCUCUCUAAAUUCUGGGAAAUCUUGGAAUAUUCCUCCAACAGUGACGCUGACUCUGCACGACGACUAUUUGGAGAUUCCCUUUAUUCUGGAACUCCCCUUAUGGCCGCUGAAGUGUCGCAGACGUCGCCUUUACCUGCACCAACUCGCAUUGGCGAAGAACGAGCCUCCAACUACACGACUCCUAAUUUCGGUGCCAAUACUGCCUUCCCUGGAGCACACGACUACCAUGCAGGCUCAUUGGUUUCACCGCAGCAGUUGACUCUUACGAACGAUGAAUUUUCCAUCCUCGCCACGAACUUCUUUUCUCAAGGACAAGAGUUCCUUCGCGGUGGAGAUACAUGGGAUAACAUCGGCAACUUUUGA